UGCUUUAUCUAAAUAAUUGCGAAAUAUACAGAUAUUCUUAACUCAAAAAUUGAUGUUUUAUUAAUUAUUUUAUAAAAAUUAAAUAGCCUAUAAUUUAUCUAUUUUCUAUCUAUUAUUAUUAUAAAGUAAUUGUCAUUAUGUAUGUGUUAAUUCAUUUUAUCCAUUAGCAAGUAACAAUCGUUCUCAAAAUUAAUAGUGUUUCCUAGUGAAAAUUUUAUUUAAUUACACGUAAAAAAUGGAUAAAUUAAACUACGAAAAUUGGGGAGCUAAUGAAAAAGCCGUAUUUUUAGCUAAAUGUCACGAAUUUAUCAGUAACUCGAAGACUGAUUAUUCUUUGACAAUUACUAAUAAUGGAAACCCCACAGAUUUGGCCAAAGGGAUACUUUCAUUAUUAAUAGCAUGUAUUAAAGGAAAAUUAAAAAUCAACCUUGGAGUUUCUAUUUUAGAUGAGUUGUGUUCAAAUAAAGAAAUUGCAUCUGUUAUAAUGGAUAUUUUUAAUUUUUUGGAUACUGAAACAGUUCUGUCUGAAAACUUAGGAUCAGAAAGAGAGAAUUUUAGUAGCAUUGUCAGAGAUUCUCAAAAGUUAUUUACAGAUAAACUAUUAAAGGAGCGCUUAGAAAUUGAAUCAUUAAAAGACAUAAAGUUAUUAAAUAAUGUCUUUUCUACAAAGUUUAUUAAAAUUAAAACUAAACUUUUUUAUAAACAGCGAAAAUAUAAUCUAUUUCGCGAAGAAUCUGAAGGCUUUUCAAAAUUAGUUACUGAAUUAAACUCUGAUAAUAUGGAUCCAAAAGUUAUGUUGGAAAUUAUUAAAUCAUUAAUUGGAUGUUUCAAUUUAGAUCCAAAUCGGGUUUUAGACAUUAUCUUAGAUUCAUUUGAACAUCAUACUGAUAAUAAAGCUGAACAUUUUUUUAUACCUUUGUUACGAGAUUAUAUGCCUGAAUCGCAGAGACUUACUGAAGUGUUAGUUUUUAAGUUACGUCAAGUCAAUGAUAUGAAUCAUUCAUCCUAUAGACUGAUUGCUUUACUUAUUCAAUAUAAUUUAAUAGAAUUAGAAAAUAUAUAUCCUUGGUUAACUCCAGAUGACAAGGUUAUCCAAAAAAAUUGGGAAAAAGAAAUGAAAAAUGGACAAGAUUAUGUUAAAAAGAUUUCAUGUAUGUUUUUGUCAAAAGCUCCUGAAUCUGAAGUAGCUGAUGAUAAUGAUUUAGUAAAAUUUGAAGAAAAUCAAAAGUUUUUGUUAUGUGAAGCUAUGCUUGAAGUUGGAGAUUGGAAUACAGCUCAAAUAUUAUUAAAACGGUUUCCUGAAUAUUAUGCAGUAGAUCAUCCUGCCAUUGGAGAUGCUUUAUGUAACCUAAUAAGUCAAAUAAUAAAACCUAUUUAUGCAGAAGUUUUUAAUCUUCAUUCAAAAUUUACAAGAAAAACUUUGAAGCUCUCUGAUAAUUCUUUUUCUGUAAAACCUGUAUCAACGUUUCAAGAAUUUCAUAGUAUUGUUAUGCCAAUGCUGAUAACUUUAGGUCCUGGAUUACAUCGUAACACUGUUUUAAUGUUUAAAAUUGUGAGGAUUGUUAGAGAAGCUUUAAUAAAUGAAGGAAUUAGAAAUAAAGAUUACAUACCUUCUAAAAAUGGUUAUUAUUUUGAUACAUUGUCUUUACUAGAUCGUGUUUUAUUACCAGCUUUGUCAUUGGUUGAAGGAAGUAGUAUUUCUGAACAUUUGUGGACUUUAUUGCAAUUAUAUCCUUACCACUGCAGAUACGCCUUAUAUAACAGUUGGAAAAAUGAUACACAUAAAUAUCACCCUAAGUUAUUGAUAAAAAAAGUUGAAGUUCAAAAAAAAGCUAAGUCUGUCAUGAAGCGCCUUUGUAAAGAUAAUACAAAGCCGUCUAGUCGAGUUAUUGGGAAAAUAUCCCAUUAUGCUCCAGGAUAUUUAUUUGAUUAUAUAUUAGGACAAAUACAAGUGUUUGACAAUUUAGGAAGUAUUGUGGUUGAAUGUUUAAAAUAUAUGACUAGUUUAUCUUUUGAUGUUCUUGGAUAUUGUAUUGUUGAAACUUUGGGUAAAAGUGGUCAAGAUAGAGUAAAACACGAUGGAACUUCUAUAUCUGUUUGGCUUCAAAGUACUGCCUCAUUUUGUGGUGCUGUUUUCAAAAAACAUUCUAUAGAACUUACUGGAAUCUUACAAUAUGUAGCAAAUCAAUUAAAGACUGAAAAUAGUUUGGAUUUACUUAUUCUUAAAGAAAUAGUCUUAAGAAUGGCUGGCAUAGAACUCAUGGAACAAAUAACUCCUGAUCAAAUCGAAGCUAUGUCAGGUGGAGAUUAUUUAAAAAUUGAAGCAGGAUAUUAUAAUCAAAUUAGAAACACUAAAAAAUCUUCUGUACGAUUAAAAGAGUCAUUGUUAGACAAUAAUUUAGCAGUAGCAUUGUGUUUAUUAAUUGCUCAGCAACGACAUAGUGUUAUAUAUAAAGAGCAUGAAUCAAUGCAUAUAAAACUUGCUGGUCAACUUUAUGAUCAAUGUCAAGAUACAUUGGUUCAAUAUGGCACAUUUUUGGGGUCUACAUUUUCUAUGGAGGAGUACAUAAAUCACUUACCAUCUGUUCAUGAUCUUCUAGAUCAACACCAUGUUCACAUGGAUGUAGCAUUUUUCCUUGCCAGGCCUAUGUUUAAUCAUUUCAUCAAUACCCGUUUUGAUGUAUUACGUAAAGCAGAUCCUAAUUCUAAGAAGUCGUUACCUGCUCGUCAAACAUAUUAUGCUGAAGCAUACAAAGAAGUUAUGUCUUCUAUUGUAAAUUCUGUAGUUCCUUUACACCCUGAAAAAGUUUGGGAAGAUGUAUCUCCUGGGUUUUUGGUAACAUUUUGGUCAUUGACACUGUAUGAUCUUAGUGUUCCUAAUGAAGCCUAUAAAAGGGAAAUCAACAAACUUAAGACUCAAUCUAAUGCACUCGGAGACUCUAAACAAACAAGUACUAAAGUGAAGAAAGAACAAGAUAGGUUAUCUACAACAAUUGCAAAGUUAAAUGAUGAGAAAAAAAAACAACAAGAACAUGUUGAAAAAAUUAAUUAUAUGUUAAACCAAGAAAAGGACACAUGGUUUUUAUCUCGUUCUGCAAAAGCAGCUAAAAAUGAGACAAUAACUCAAUUUUUACAAUUAUGUUUAUUUCCACGUUGUAUUUUUACACACACUGACGCUAUGUACUGUGCAAAGUUUGUUCAAACAUUACAUUCUCUGAAAACUGCAAAUUUUUCGACUUUACUUUGUUACGAUAGGCUUUUCUGUGAUAUUACUUAUUCAGUAACACUUUGCACUGAAAACGAAGCACACCGAUAUGGUAUUUUUUUAAAUGAAAUGUUAAAAAAUGUAACUCGUUGGCAUUCAACUCAAGAAGUUUUUGAAAAAGAAUGUGCUACCUAUCCUGGAUUUGUAACUAAAUGUAAAAAUAGUGAUCAGUUUGUACAGUCUAGUAAUGACCAUGUUGGAUAUGAAAAUUUCAGACAUGUUUGUCAUAAGUGGCAUUAUAAAAUAACUAAAGCAAUGAUGGUUUGUUUGGAAUCCAAAGAUUAUGUACAAAUUCGCAAUUCAUUGAUUAUUUUAAUUAAAAUAGUUAAUCAUUUUCCAGUAUUAGCUAAAUUAGCCACAUUAAUUGAUAAAAAAGUUGAAAAAGUAAGAGAAGAUGAGAAAGAUAAACGACAAGAUUUGUAUACAUUAGCUACAUCAUAUUGUGGACUACUCAAAGGUAGAGCUAAUCAGUUUCUUAAAGAUUCAGACUUUCAUCAAGUCAAUGAAAAGGUAAGUCAGACAAUUAAUGCUAAUGAUAUUAAAUCUGAUGUCACAAAGAAUGCUCAGGUAUUAAAAAAAAAAGAAAAUGAAAGAAGUCCAGAAGCAAAAACUCCCCCACCAUUACCCUCUAAAGUUCUUAAUGGAACAACAACAACAGAAUGGGUAGAAGCAGAAAAGAAAGUUAUUGAUAACAAAAUUAAAACAGAUAAGCGAUCAGCAAAAGUUACAUCAAUACUAUCUAAUGAAAAAAAUCAUGAAAAUAAUGUGGAACUUGAAAAAGAGUCCGAGCAAAUUGAUGAUCAUAAUGAAAAAAAGAAAGAAAAACGAUCUAGAGAUGAGAAUUUUGAUAAAGAAAAUGAUUCUUUCUUUGAACUUUCCAAAAAUAACUUAUCUAAAGAUUCAAUUAGUAGUGGUCCAGCUGUCAAUCAUAGUAACAAAGUACAUUCUCAAAUUAUAUCAGGAGAGAAGCCUUCUAUCAAUGACAUAGAUUCAACAAAUAAUGGUGUAUACGCUGGGGCUGACAAAGAUAUCAAACGAAAACGAAUUGACACCAGUCCAGUUACGAAGCAAACUGCAAAAUAUAACUCCGACAUGAAAUCAGAAACAAAUGGAUCAUCACUUACUGAGAAAAAAGAAAAGAAACUUAAAAAAUCUCAAUCUUCUGAUUCCUCAGUGUCAAAAGAAACUCGAAAAGAACGCAAAAUAAGUAGGAAACGGAUUGAAAGAAGGGAAGAAUUAACCCCAGAAUUGAAAAGACGCAAGGAAGAUGAUAAACAUAUAAAAUCUGUUGAUAUUCGUCAUGAAGACAUAGCAAAUGAUAAACAUAGAUCAAGCCGUGAAAAAUCUCCUCAUUUAAAAGAGUGGACUGAACGUGAAUCUCGACAUUCAAAAAGGCAUAGAACAGAGAAAAGAAAAUGAGAAACUUUAUCAAGGACUCAAAAAUUAAUGUUUAUAUUUUUGUGUACAAAAUUGUAAAUAUUGUAUAAUUUUUUCUUAGGUUAUUUUCCAUUUAUUUUAAUUUUAAAACUUUUUCAUUUAUAUUUUGUAUGUAUAUAAAGUUAAAUUAUUUGAAUGUUGUCAUCUAAUUAAACAAACAAUAUUAUGAUUAUUA